AUGGCGACAGCAGUAGCCACCCAAGACACCGCAGAGCUCGACGAGUUGAGCCUGCUGGAGCAGUUGCUCCAGAAUUCACGCGCGCUCGACGACACCGAACUAGAACAACAGAAGGACUACCUGCAGGAGUUCCUCAGCCACAUCGUCACUGACGAUCAGCUGACCAGUAAGGACGCCGCAGCAGAGAUCAAUCACUGGAUUGGUAAGAUCGACGAGAAGAUCUCGGCUCAGCUCAACGAGAUCAUGCACGACCCUAAGUUCCAGAAGCUCGAAGGGAGCUGGCGGGGCCUGCACUACCUCGUCCACCAAUCGGAGACCGGUACGACGCUGAAAAUCCGCGUCCUGAACCUCACUAAGCGUGAGCUGCUCAAGGACCUGGAGACCGCUGUUGAGUUCGACCAGAGCGCCCUCUUCAAGAAGGUUUACGAGGAAGAGUACGGCCAACUGGGCGGCGAGCCUUAUGGCCUACUCGUGGGCGACUACGAGUUCAGCCGUCACCCGGAGGACAUCAGCCUUCUAAAGAUGAUCUCGAACGUGGCUGCGGCUUCGCACGCCCCGUUCAUCACCGGCGCCUCGCCGGCGCUGCUGAACCUGACCAGCUUUACCGAGCUGCCCAACCCGCGUGACCUGGCGAAGAUUUUCGAGUCGGCCGCGCACGCCUCGUGGCGUUCGUUCCGCGACUCGGAAGACGCUCGCUACGUCGCCCUUUGCCUGCCGCGUGCUCUGGGGCGCCUUCCCUACGGCAAGGACUUCAAGAGCGUCGAAGAGUUCGACUUUGAGGAGUUCGUCGAUGGCCGCGACCACGGCAAAUACCUGUGGAUGAACGCGGCGUGGGCCUACGCGGUCCGCGUCACCAACGCGUUUAGCAAGUACGGUUGGUUCGCGAAGGUUCGCGGCGUUGAGGGUGGCGGCAAGGUCGAGAACCUGCCGGUCCACACGUUCAACACCGACGACGGCGACGUCGCGAUGAAGUGCCCGACCGAGAUCGCGAUCUCUGACCGGCGCGAAUUCGAGCUUUCGACGCUCGGCUUCCUUCCGCUCCUGCACGCCAAGAACACCGACUUCGCCGUGUUCAUGGGCGCCCAGUCGGCUCAGAAGCAGAAGACGUUCUUCGAUGACUUGGCGACCGCGAACGCGGACCUCUCGACGAAGAUCAACUUCCUGAUGUGCGUCUCGCGUUUCGCCCACUACCUGAAGGUGAUGGCCCGCGACAAGGUCGGCUCAAUGCUCGAAGCCAACCAGUGCGAGAAGUGGCUCAACGAUUGGAUCUCGAACUACGUUUGCGAUCCCACGAUGGCUGGCGACGAGACCAAGGCCAAGUGCCCGCUGUCCGACGCCAAGGUCGAGGUCCGCGAAGUCGCCGGCAAGCCCGGUUGGUACGAGGCCGUCGCUUGGCUGCGUCCGCACUUCCAGCUUGAAACGCUCACCGCGUCGAUGCGACUGGUUGCGGAAGAGACAACCGUGGCUGAAAACAACACCGGACUGCCGGACAACCUCAAAAGCGGCAUCGAGAACCUGUCGGGCUACAGCAUGGACGAUGUCAAAGUCCACUACAACAGCUCGAAACCUGCGCAGCUCCAGGCGCACGCCUACGCUCAGGGGACGGACAUUCACUUGGCCCCCGGCCAGGAGAAGCAUCUACCGCAUGAAGCCUGGCACGUCGUUCAACAGAAGCAGGGACGCGUCAAUCCGACGAUGCAAUUCAAGAGGAUGAUUGGCGUUAACGACAACAGCGGCCUCGAACGCGAAGCCGACAUCAUGGGCGAGUCGCUCGACUCCAAGCACGGCAAAGAGAUCCAGAUCCUGGGUUUCAACUGGGGCGAAACGCAGCCCGUCAGUAUCCCGUUCGUCAACGGCGGCGGCAGCGGCAAGGUCUCGAUGCAGGACCUGACCUUCACGAUGUACACCUGCAAGGCGUCCCCGAAGCUGUUCCUCUCGUGCGCCAAGGGCGAACACAUCAAGGAAGCCACCCUGACCGCCCGUAAGGCCGGCGGCGAGCAAGAGGACUUCUACUCGAUCAAACUCGAGCAAGUCCUCGUGUCGUCCUACAACACGGGCGGCGGCUCGGGCAGCUCGCUGCCGAUCGACACGGUGACCCUGGCCUUCGCCAAGAUCACCUACCAGCUGUCUGAUUCGGACACGCCCGAGUGGAUACGAACGGGCCGCGGCCGCGUCGUCGCGGCCGCGGCCCGUUUUCAUUAUGCAUUGCUUUCGAUCAUGACCCAUCGCCCGAAUGUCUCCACGUCCUCGCUGCUCGACCACUUGGUCGAUGCGUGCCAGGGCGUCGAACAGCGACAGCCCGUGCGUAUCGAACGCUUGAUUGACGAUAUCGAGCUACUACUCAACACCUGUUGCAUCGACGACGCCGAAGUCGAUAGCGAGUUCCCAGAAGUAGCAAGCUCGAUUCACCGCUAUGGCUCCCCGGCGCCGCAAGCCACGUCGAUCGGCACGCACGAAGAACGCUUCGCCACGGCGCGGCGGGUUGAGAAGACACUGCGACGCUUCGAACCUCGCUUGAGACGAGUCCGGGUGCGGGUCGAAGACCCCAAGUCACGCUCGCCGAUUGAUCACCGCGGAGCGAACAUGAGCACGACGCUCUACCCGUACUACGAACGUGAACUGCACUUCAUCCGCCACGACGCGGAGGAGUUUGCUAAGCAGUUUCCGGCCGCCGCGGGGCAACUGCUGCUGGAUGGGGGGCAGAGCCGUGACCCGCAUGUCGAGCGCUUGAUAGAGGCCUUCGCGCUGCUGAGCGCCCGCGUUGAAAAGAAACUCGACGAAGAGUUCCCUGAAGUCACCGACGGACUGCUGGGAACGCUCUACCCACAUUACUUGGCGCCGAUCCCGUCGAUGGCGAUCGCCGAGUUCAAGCCUGACCCCUCGGCGCCUCAGCCCACCGGCACUCCCGUGCCACGUGGCAGCCGCCUGCGUGCAACGACGCCCGACGGCGUCGCGUGCCGCUAUCGCACCUGCUACGACACGACGCUGUGGCCGCUGGACAUCGUUGAAUCGCGGGUCGAGUUGCCGCCGUUCGCGCCGUCUUUGUCGCCGCCGCCCAAGACCCAAGGCGUCCUCCGAAUCCGCCUGCGAGCUCAUGCGGACAUGGCUCUGGCGGACCUAACGCUCGACAAGCUCCGCUUCCACCUGCAGGGCGACGCCGUCUUGGUGGCGAAACUCUACGAGCUGCUGCUCACGAGCGUCACGUCGAUUGAGGUCUACGACGCGGAGGCCAGCGAUAAACGUCGCCUGGCGGUACUGAGCGAUGGGGCGAUCCAGCCCGUCGGAUUCGAAGAGAACGAAGGGCUCCUCCCCUACCCCGCCACCUCCAACCACGCCUACCGCCUACUGACAGAGCUGUUCGCCUUUCCCCAGAAGUUUGCCUUUCUGGACCUAUCGAGUUUGGCGCCCGCGCUGGUGGAGGCUGGUCGUACCGUUGACGUUGUCGUUUACCUCAGCGAGGUCGACGAGCGCCUC